AUGAAUAAUAAAUUAAGUUUUCCUUAUGAAACAUAUGAAAUAAAAAAGGUUUCUUUUGAAUUACCAAAAGAUUAUCAUCCAAAUGUAAAAUAUGGAUUUUUUAGAAAUGCCUUAUUUGGAAAGCAUACCUUUUAUUAUAUUAAGAGUAUUUUAAAAGUGUCAACCAAAGUGUGUGCUGGCUUUUUACUUUUUUAUUAUCCUUUGGACAAAUUACAUUGCAAUAUUCGUCGAUUCAAAAAUAAUCUUAAGAAAUGA